AGAGAGAGAGAGAGAGAGAGAGAGAGAGAGAGAGAGAGAGAGAGAUGGCUGGCUAUCCAAGGCUUCAGUUUGUUUUCCUCCUAUUCCUUUUGGCUUCAAUGUGUACCAUUCAAGUUUCAAUGGCAUGUGGCGAAGGAUGUGUUGCCCAAAAAGAUUGCCCUGCGGCAUGUGACUAUCGGUGUUCCAAGGCCGACAACCACCGGAAAGCAUGUUUGAUGUUCUGCAACCUCUGUUGUAACAAAUGUUUGUGCGUUCCAUCAGGCACCUAUGGUAACAAGGAGGAGUGCCCUUGCUACAACAACUGGAAAACCAAGGAGGGUGGACCCAAAUGUCCUUAGAAAAAGAAGAAGAAAAUUAAACUAGGGGAUUCUGGUUUUGAAUAUGAUUUUCCUAGUUGGAUGAUUUGUGCUACAAUGGAAUAAAUUGAGAAAGUUUAAUGUAGUUUAUUGAAUAAAAUCUAUGGCUUUCAUUCACAAUCGGAUUAGCAUAUCAUCGUAAUUG